UACAUCUGCAUGAGGCGUGGAUUGUCGAAAUUGUGGGCUGUCCGACACAGUGCCUCUGACCACGAAGCCAUCGGCCCCAGGAUGCCACCACAUGCCAUCGGCCCUGCCGCGCCCUCCACCGCCAAUCCUACCAGUGACAGCGACAGUGGCAGCGACUCUGAUCUCGUCGGGCCGUCCAUCGCCCUCGCCGGCUACACCGAAUCCGAUGCCGCCCAGCAAACCCUCGACACAGUUGAAUCACGCAUGUGCCGGCAAGACAAAGCCAACCAAACCCCCGAGGAAGACAAGCGCGAAGAGUGGAUGCUCCUCCCACCAUCCGUCGAAAGUACAUCUGCGGUGCGCGGAAGCAAGGCAGGCAAAAAGGGAAGCAUGGUGGCACCACUGUUCGAUAAAAGCUGGACGGAGACGCCCGAGGAACGCAGGGCGCGGAAGAAAGGCAAGGGGCGGAGCGGGAAGUGCAGGGAGACGGAGGUGGAGGAGGAGACACCGGGGAUGCGCAAGAAGAGGAUAGAGGAUGAGGAGAAGGGAAGGUGGGUGGAGGAAUUCGACCGGUCUCGCGACCUGAGCGCCGGCAAGGUCGAUGAGCGCAAGCAGCGCGAGCUACUCAAUACCAUGGGCUUUUUGACCGACAAGUAUGCGCCGAGCAAGGGAGGGUCGUUUAUGUAACCAUUGAGUAACUGUGAGCCAGUAUUUUAUUUUUUUAUUACUCCGCAUUUGAUGUGGAAUUCCCAAUCACGCUAUAAAUAGACGCACACCCUGGGUGCAUUUGCGGA